UCCUCUUUCUUUUCCAACAGGAAAUGUAAUUUCCCUCAAGUGAAGAUAUUGCAUUAAAACAACUUUUGCAAGUAACUCAUUGCUGCAGUCUUAGGAGAAAAACGUUAGAAAUUCCAACAGUGGCGCAUCCUACAAAAUGCCUGACAAGUAUUCUUGGAAGUUACCAAGAUCACCAAAACAACGAAAGUCUGUAAAACUACUGUAACUUAAGGUGGCAUAACAAGUUCAAGUAUUCUGAAUGGAAUCCUGGCCCAGAAAAAGGACCACAGAUAGAAAACUAAAACUUCUGUGAAUGUUAAAUUGCCACUUAAUAGGAUGUCAAGAAAUAAUUUGGAGGCAUCUACCUGUAAAAUGACGGAGCCAUUUAAUUUUGAGAAAAACAAAAGCAAGCUUCCACCACGUGAUUCUUUAAGAAGUCCUGGAGGACAUCCUAACCACCCUAAUUUCAGGUUGAAAAGCCCAGAGAAUGGAAAUAAAAAGAACAGUUUUUUGCUUUGUGAGCAGACCAAACAGUAUCCGGCUAAUCAGGAAGACAAUUCAGUUUCUUCAAACCCUAACGGAAUCAGUGGAGAAGGGGUUGGAGCCAAAAGAGACAGGAAGACAUUGCCUACAGGAAACUCAGUGUCACCAUUAAAUGUUGGAAAUAAUUCACCACCCAAAGAAGUAAAUAGUGAGCCUAGCAGUAAUGAGCCUCCUGAAGAGUCAAAAAAAAAAAAAAGGAACGUGGUUGAGAAUUUCUUGUCCGUAAAUAAUCCAGAGCUCUUCAACUCCUUACGACCUCGUCUUCAGUCAACGACUUGCCAUCACUGUGGGCUCUUUGGACCACUGAGGUGUUCCCAGUGCAAGCAGACAUACUAUUGCUCCAGAGCAUGCCAGAGAGAAGACUGGUCAGCACACAGCAUUGUGUGCAAACCUGUUCAGAAAAAUUUCCACAAACUUGAAGAUAAUAAAUCACCUUUUGAAACGAAGAACAUGGAAGUGAAAAGUGAGAGUGACUCCCCACUUGGAAUUACUAAAGAAGUAGCUAUUUGGACUGAUAAAAUAAUGUUUUCUGAUUUGAGAAGUCUACAGCUCAGUAAAACCAUGAAAAUAAAGGGUACAGUUACUGAAUUCAAACAUCCAAAUGACUUUCAUGUGCAGUUACAUUCUUCAGAAGUUUUAGAAUACAUGAACCAGCUCUCUGCCAGCUUAAAGGAAAUAUAUACAAAUACGGUGCAUGAAGAUGGUUACAUUCCUGUUAAGGGGGAAGUUUGUGUUGCCAAGUACACUGUGGACCAGACCUGGAACAGAGUGAAAAUUCAAGACGUUGAUAUGCCACAGAAGAAGGCACAAGUCUUAUACAUUGAUUAUGGAAAUGAAGAAAUAAUUCCAGUAAACAGGAUUCAUCAGCUGAAGAAAAACAUUGACUUGUUUCCUCCUUGUGCCAUAAAAUGCUUUGUGGCCAAUGUUAUCCCAGCAGAGGGGAAUUGGAGUGAUGAUUGUAUCAAAACUAUUAAAUCACUGUUAAUGGAGCAUUGCUGCUUUAUAAAGAUUGUUGACAUCUCAGAAGAGGAAGUGGUUUCCUUUGCUGUGGAUGUUACGCUGCCAAGUUCAGGAAAACUGUUAGACCAUGUACUCAUAGAAAUGGGAUAUGGCUUGAAAUCCAAGGGACAAGAUUCUAAGAAGCAAAGUGCAGAUCCAGGUGACCUUCAAGAUGCUGGAAAAAUAACAGGUGAAAACCAAAUUGUUGUAGAUAGAAAUGACCUCAUCCCCAAAGUGUUAACCGUGAAUGUAGGGGAUGAGUUUUGUGGUGUGGUUGCCCACGUUCAGACUCCAGAAGACUUCUUUUGUCAGCAGCUACAAAGUGGACAUAAGCUCGCUGAACUUCAGGCAUCCCUUAGUGAGUACUGCGGUCAAGUGUCUCCACGCUCCGAUUUUUAUCCAGCUGUUGGUGAUAUCUGUUGUGCUCAAUUCUUGGAGGAUGAUCAGUGGUACCGGGCCUCCAUUUUGGCUUAUGCUUCUGAAAAAUCUGUGCUGGUUGGAUAUGUAGACUAUGGAAACUUUGAAAUCCUUAGCUUGACAAGACUUUGUCCUAUAACCCCGAAGUUGUUGGAAUUGCCAAUGCAAGCUGUAAAGUGUGUGUUGGCAGGAGUAAAGCCAUCAUUAGGAAUUUGGACUCCAGAAGCUAAUUUUCUGAUGAAAAAAAUUGUACAGAACAAGAUGAUCACAGUGAAAGUGGCAGACAAGUUGGAAAACAGCUCCGUGGUGGAGCUUAGAGAUAUAUCUGUGACGCCUAACAUCAGCGUCAGUAAAGUUCUCAUAGACGCAGGCUUUGCUGUGGGUGAAGAGCGUGUGAUGGAAAAACCCAGUGACGUAAAAGAAGCCAGUGUCCUCUUAGCUACAGAAGCAAAACUAAAUCCAUUGACAUGGACCUGGGUUAAGCUUGCUGUUGACCAAACAGUAGAUGUCGUGGUCUGUACGUUGUACAGUCCUGGAGAAUUCUACUGCCAUGUGCUGGGAGAGGAUGCUUUAAAGAAACUCAAUGAUUUGAACAAAUUGCUAGCAGAAUAUUGCCAGCAGAAGUUGCCUAAUGAUUUUAAGGCAGAAAUAGGGCAGCCUUGCUGUGCAUUUUUUGCGGGUGAUGGUAAUUGGUAUCGUGCUUUAGUCAAGAAAAUCUUACCAAAUGGAAAUUUUAAAGUACAUUUUGUGGAUUAUGGAAACAUUGAAGAAGUUACUGUGGAUGAACUCCAAAUGAUCCCAUCAAAACUUUUAGAACUUCCAUUUCAAGGGAUACAGUGCUGGCUAAUAGAAAUAGAGCCUAGAAACAAACACUGGACUAACGAAGCCAUAGCACGAUUUCAGAUGUGUGUCACAGGGAUAAAACUCCAAGCCCGAGUGGUUGAAAUCACUGAAAAUGGAGUGGGAGUUGAGCUCACUGAUCUUUCUACCUCCUACCCCAGAAUAAUUAGUGAUGUUCUGAUUGAUGAACAUCUGGUUUUAAGAGCUAGUUCUCCAUGUAAAGACUUGGUAAAUAACAGACCUGUUAAUAAACAUGAUCUUCAAAUUGACACCCCAGGGCAUCAAGUCAUCUCUCUCGCUGAGCAGUGGAGGACGAGAGAAUUGCCAGUUAACAAAACCGUCCAUGCAAGCAUAUUAGAAAUCAUAAAUCCAAACUUGUUUUAUGCUCUACCAGAUGAGAUGCCAGCAAAUAGGGAAAAACUGUGGAUAUUAACAUCUGAAUUGUUAGAAUAUUGCAAUGCUCAGAAAAGUCGAUCGUUGUAUAGACCAAGAGUUGGAGACGCAUGCUGUGCCAAGUACACAAGUGAUGAUUUCUGGUAUCGUGCCAUUGUUCUGGGGAUAUCAGAUGCUCAUGUGAAAGUGCUCUAUGCAGAUUAUGGAAACAUUGAAAAUCUGCCUCUUUCCAGAGUGCAGCCAAUUUCCACGAGCCAUCUGCAGCUUCCUUUCCAAAUUAUUAAAUGUUCCCUCGAAGGACUAAUGGAAUUGAAUGGAAGCAAUUCUCUAUUAGUAAUAGAGCUACUAAAAAAUCUUAUGUUGAAUCGGAAUGUAAUGCUUUGUGUAAAAGGAAUUAUCAAGAAUGUCCAUACAGUGUCGGUUGAGACACAUUCUGAGAACGGUACUGUCAGUGUAGCUGAGAAGCUGGUGAUGUGUGGUCUGGCAAAAAGCGUCACAUCUAAAAACCAGAGUGGUUUAAAUACAGGAAAGACAUGCAAGGUGAAUUGCUGCUGCACAGAGUUACAGGAAAAAAUUGAAAAACAUGAACAGAUUCUUCUCUUCCUCUUAAGCAAUCCAACCAAUCAAGAUAAAUUUAUUGAAAUGAAAAAAUUGUUGUAGAGUUAAAAGCAGUCUCUGUGAGAUAACACCUACAAGAAAGGCAACCAUGAAGGCUAGACUUAGGAGACAAAGUACAGCAUCUUGUAUUUCUGUUUUUGGGAAAUUUCUUCUUUAAUGAUCUUUUAUGCUUCCAUUUCCACUUGCUUACCACCCUUCUAUUAGGGUGGGUAGUUUUAUUUUUUUCCUGUAAGUUCUUUCUCCCAGAUAAAUAAGUUUGCUUGGAAGAUUCAUAUCAAGUCAUGGGAUUACCAGGAAGGGAUCCGGGGAUCCAUGGGGAUUUUCGGCUGAUAUAUGUAUGCACACUUUUUAAUGACUUACAGGUACUAAAGAAAAUAUGGCUUCUUGUUACUGCUGGACAAAUCUAGUUGGUGAAUACAUGAGUUUCAUGGUUUGGACUUCUCUGUGUGCUUGGAAUACCUUAGAAUAAAGCAUGCCCUGCUUUCCGUCACAUCUGCCUGCUUCUGCCACGUAAUAAAAGUUGUUUGAUUUGGUGGUGUUUUGGGCUCUGUUUUGCUUCUCCUGCCCAGUCCAAGGUCAUCAGCUUCAUUCUGUCCAUUAGAGGACUUUUCCUUUGGCCUUUGGACAUGGAAUCUGUUCUUGGGCUCUCAGCCAGUCAACCAGCCUGACUGAGGAAGGCACUAUUUUCUUCUGCCUCUGCCAUCCAUAAUGCCCUUCCAAAUCCAAAAUUUUCUGAAGCACAAAUACAGUUUUAUAAGAAUUCACAUUGAAACUCUAUGAGUGUCUAUUUUUUUAAGCACAUGGAGUAACACUAAAUUCUCCUAAACUCACGUGCAGAAUUGUGGGCCAGCUGACUCUCCUGCCAGUCUGUAAGUUUCUGCUGGGGGAUUGUGCCAUACUUUAAGUAUCAGACCGUGACAAACUAAGAUGAUGGUAACACCAGCCCAAUGUUUUUUUUGGUGGGUUGUGUGUUUUUUGUUGUUUUUUUACUGGUAAUGUGUCAGCUAGAUUUUUUCUCAUAUAAAAAGUUCACUUAUGUGCUUCUAUAGAUAAACAUAUAUGCUGCUUUGCCCAAUAAAAUCCUUUCACCUCUCAACCACAUCUCCUUUGUGUUCUUACGGCCAGCAUGUUACCAACUUCCUUUUCUUAUUUGUACAUACUGAUGGCACUGAAUGCUUAGCUUGUUC